CGCCCCCCCAACUUGCCGCGCCGGGCGCGCGGGGCCGCGCCGCGACGGACCGACGGCUCGGCUCGACUCGGCUCGGCUCCGCACCGGCCCCGCGCGGAGGGAGCGAGGGAGGGGCGUGCGGCCCCCCCGAGCGGCGGCCCCGGGCCGCGGCCCCCCUUUGCGGUCGAAGAGGCGUGCAGCACCGGGCCCUGCGAUGCCGUUUGGCUGCGUGACGCUGGGAGACAAGAAAGAUUAUAACCAGCCGUCCGAGGUGACCGACAGAUAUGACCUGGGCCAAGUCAUCAAAACGGAAGAGUUCUGUGAGAUCUUCCGGGCCAAGGAGAAGUCAACGGGGAAGCUGUACACCUGCAAGAAGUUUCUGAAGCGGGACGGGCGGAAAGUGCGGAAGGCAGCCAAAAACGAAAUCAUCAUCCUCAAAAUGGUGAAGCACCCCAACAUCCUGCAGCUGGUGGACGUCUACAUCACCCGCAAGGAGUAUUUCAUCUUCCUGGAGCUGGCCACCGGCCGGGAGGUCUUUGACUGGAUCCUGGACCAGGGCUACUACUCGGAGAAGGACACCAGCAACGUCAUCCGGCAGGUGCUGGAGGCUGUUGCCUACCUGCACUCACUCAAGAUUGUCCACAGGAACCUCAAGCUGGAGAACCUGGUGUACUAUAACCGCCUGAAGAACUCCAAGAUCGUCAUCAGUGACUUCCACCUGGCCAAGCUGGAGAACGGGCUCAUCAAGGAGCCCUGUGGCACCCCCGAGUACUUGGCUCCGGAGGUGGUGGGGCGGCAGCGGUACGGGCGGCCGGUGGACUGCUGGGCUAUCGGUGUCAUCAUGUACAUCCUCCUUUCGGGGAACCCCCCCUUCUAUGAGGAGACGGAGGAGGAAGACUACGAGAACCACGACAAGAACCUCUUCCGCAAAAUCCUGGCCGGGGACUAUGAGUUUGACCCUCCAUACUGGGACGACAUCUCGCAGGCGGCCAAGGAGCUGGUGACCCGCCUAAUGGAGGUGGAGCAGGACCAGCGGAUCACGGCGGAGGAGGCCAUCUCCCAUGAGUGGAUCUCCGGCAACGCCGCCUCUGACAAGAACAUCAAGGACGGCGUCUGUGCCCAGAUCGAGAAGAACUUCGCCCGGGCCAAGUGGAAGAAAGCGGUGCGAGUGACCACGCUCAUGAAACGCCUGCGGGCGCCCGAGCAGGCGGAGACGGGCCCGGCCUCGGCUUCGGCCUCGGCUUCGGCUCCGGCCCGGGCCGCGGGUCCAGCCUCGCUCCUUGCCCGCGCCGCCGCCGCUGCCAAGGACAAUGCGGCCUCCGCAGCUCCCAGCCCGCCGCCCGCCGCCGCGCAGCCCGAGGCCCCCGGCACGCCGCCCGCCGAGCCCACCACGUGUAACGGGGAAGGGGCUGCCGCCGCCGCCGCCGCCGCCGAGCCCCCCAGCGAGCAGACCGGCUGAGCGGCGGCGGCCCCGGCACCCCCCUUUGUACAUAGCCCCGGCAUGGCCCCCGCGCCCCCGCCUGCGCCCCCUUUUCUACGUGCCCCGACGGAGAGCCGGCCGCGGGGCAGAGCCCUGCAUGGAGCCCGUCCGACCCGCCCCCCCGGCGGCUUUGCCGGUCGGUCUGUCCGUCCCUGCCCCGUCCCGCUCUCUCAGUCUGUCCCCCGCCGCCGUGUCUCGUCCCCCCCCAUCCCGCCCCGGGGAUGUCCAGCAGAGAUACGGGGCAGCCCCCCCCGGCCGCACGCCCCGCAGGGCUGGGGUGGGGAGCUUCGCGCGGAGCCCCCCAAACACACAUGCAUGUGCGGGGCCGCGGGGGGGGCCCGGCGGGCAGAGCACCCGGUACCCCCGCUCCAACCCGGGGGGCGCGUUGCAGGGGCGAAGGAGCACCGGGAGCCAUUCCCCACCCCCCCCCCGCGUCGUGCCUGGAGGAUCCCAAAUGUUUCCCCCCCCCGGCUCCCCCCCCUCUCCCGGUCGCCGCUUCCCUCCCUCGCAGCUGCAUGCCUGCAGGGCCGGCUCUGCCUGCGGCUGCCGCCGCGCCCCUCCUUCUCCCCCCCCACCCCAGGCUGUAUCUGGCAAAUAAAGACCCCGCUGAGGACAAACUGAGACAGCA